AUGGCGGCGGCUCCGCUGCUGCUGCUGCUGCUGCUCGUGCCCGUGCCGCUGCUGCCGCUGCUGGCCCAGGGGCCCGGGGGGGCUCUGGGAAACCGGCAUGCGGUGUACUGGAACAGCUCCAACCAGCACCUGCGGCGAGAGGGCUACACCGUGCAGGUGAACGUGAACGAUUACCUGGAUAUUUACUGCCCGCACUACAACAGCUCAGGGGUGGGCCCCGGGGCGGGGCCGGGCCCCGGAGGCGGGCCGGAGCAGUACGUGCUGUAUAUGGUGAGCCGGGCCGGCUACCGCACCUGCAACGCCAGCCAAGGCUUCAAGCGUUGGGAGUGCAACCGACCGCACGCCCCCCACAGCCCUAUCAAGUUCUCGGAGAAGUUCCAGCGCUACAGCGCCUUCUCGCUGGGCUAUGAGUUCCAUGCCGGCCACGAGUACUACUACAUCUCCACGCCCACCCACAACCUGCACUGGAAGUGUCUGAGGAUGAAGGUGUUCGUCUGUUGUGCCUCCACAUCGCACUCCGGGGAGAAGCCGGUCCCCACUCUCCCCCAGUUCACCAUGGGCCCUAAUGUGAAGAUCAACGUGCUGGGUGAGUCUGCGCAGCGCCCUCUGGUGGCCACUGCUAGAACCGCAGCCCCCUCCCUGGUGCCUGCUCACCUCGCAUGCUUUAUCCUGCCGGCAUCGAUCCUCCCUGCCCCCUUGGUUGGUCCCAUCCCCAGCUCCACUGCUGCUGCCGCUGCCGCUGCCGCGUGCCCCGCUCUGUUGCACGGCCCGGUCCUCACCAGUCUGUCUAUCCAUUUGUCCACAGAGGACUUUGAGGGCGAGAACCCCCAGGUGCCCAAGCUUGAGAAGAGCAUCAGCGGGACCAGUCCUAAGCGGGAACACCUGCCCCUGGCCGUGGGCAUCGCCUUCUUCCUCAUGACACUCUUGGCCUCCUAGCUCUGCCCCCUCCCUGGGCAGGGAGAGAUGAGGCAGGGCUGGAAAGGAGCAGGGAGCCUUUGGUCUCUUCAAGGGAAGCCGUGGGGCCUGGACUCCCAUCUCUGAUGGCCAGAAGUGGGGUCUGCACCAUAAAUCUGUGCCUGCUCCCUCUUUCCCCCCAGGCAGGCACAGUAGUGGACCAGGUGCAGGGACAGCCACAGGUCCCAGGUGGCCUUGUGGCUCUGGUAAUGUUUAGUACCAAAUUGGGGGACCAUAAAGGGCAGUGCUCAGGACUCCCUACCCCCUGGUACUUUUCCCUGCUCCCUGGUGCCCGCCCCCUUCGUCCUCCCAGAGAAACAAAUAUGCCCCAGAGAGAACAAAUCGCACUGUGGGAGGCACCCCAUCUCUCUCCUCCAGGGGCAGAACAUGGGGAGGGGACUAGAUGGGCAAGGGGGUAGCACUGCCCGCUGCCCCCUUCCCCUGUUUACAGCAAUAAGCACGUCCUCCUCCCCCCUCCCACCCCAAGGAUUGUGGUUUGGAUUGAAUCCAGGUUUACAAGUAGACACCCCUGGGAGCAGGCAGUGGGCGAGGGUAGCAAGGGGUGGGCAUUGGGGUACCAGGCAGGCAUGUACAGACUCUAUAUAUAUAUAUAAUGUACAGACAGAAUCCCUCUCCUUCCUUAACCUCCUGACCUUCCUUGACUUCUCCUUCGAGCUUCAGACCCCUUCCCCACCAGGCUAGGCCCCCCUGGGGGUCCCCCUGGCCCCUCUUUUGUCUUCUGUGAAGACAGGACCUAUGCAACGCACAGACACUUUUGGAGACCAUGAGACAACAAUGACCCCUCCCCUCCAGCCCUGAGCCGGACCCAAUCCCAGGACCCUGUCCUGCCCACCCAGUGUGGUCCACACCCGUCCUCCUGGGCCUUUUUCAAGUGCUUUGGCUGUGACUUUCAUACUCUGCUCUUAGUCUAAAAAAAUAAACUGAAGAUAAAAAUAACUGAGUGUGUGUGAUUUCAAGAGACCAUCCAUCUCCUACUACACUGGUUGAACCCCACAGGUCACAGGUCGCAGGGCCCAGGUAUCUGUGUGGGGGGAACCCUGGGGCAUUGUUCUGUGGCUUGGCCCUUUAAGGGAGGCAGCUCUGUGUGGAGGGAGGGCCAGGGACUUCAGAGCUGGGCCCAAGUGACUACAGGCAAAUCAUUUCACUUCCCUGAGCCUCAGAUAGCCCACCAGUAAAACUGGGUUACAUAUCUCUCAGGAUUAAAUUAAAUUAAGGAUGAAAUGACAUAGGGAAUAUAAGGCUCAACCAAUGAUGGUUUUCUCCUUCUCUUGCCUUUCCAUCUUGCGAUCAGAAGUUCUUAACUGGACUCUUACGGAAUUCAAGGAGUUUGUGGGCCUAGACAGGAAAAAAAAAAGUACAUAUUUUCACUCGCCUCUAACUGAAAUUUAGCAUUCUCUUCGGUACUCGGGCAACAAGCUACAAAAGUUAUUGGCAUUACCUGUGACUUUGUAACCAACAGAAAUCAC